AUACAACAAUACAAGAUUUACUAGUCGCUGAGCUUCCUAGGUACAAAAUGGCGGAUGGACAAUUUGGUUGUGGUCCGGCUAAAAGAGCUAGAGACACAAGGUCACCGGUUGAAUGGUGGUCACUAUUUGGUAGUGAAACACCCAACUUGCUAAAGUUUGCCAUGAAAGUAUUAAGCCUAACUUGUAGCUCAUCCGGAUGUGAGCGAAAUUGGAGUGUGUUUGAACACAUUCAUUCCAAAAAGAGGAAUAGGCUUGCACUAUCGCGUCUCAAUGAUCUAGUGUACAUUAAGUACAAUAGAACAUUGAAACGUCGUUAUGAUGCUCGUGAUCUCAUUGAUCCAAUUCGCUUGGAUAACAUUGAUGAUUCAAAUGAAUGGUUAGUUGGAUGCCCCGAAGAUCAAGAAGAUGAACUAGUAUAUGAGGAUGAUGAUCUUACUUGGGGUAGCGUUGCUACGGCAAUUGGAGCUGAUGAGAGUAUUCAUCAUCUUAGGGGACUUUCUUCAAGAUCAAGAGCACUUGACAAGGGCAAAGGAGUAGAAACUACAUCUACAAGUUCAACUUCAAGUAGGACUCGGACACUAAUUGAUGAAGACUACGAGGAGGAAGAAGAUGAGGAUCAAUAUAAUGAUGUAGAGGAUGUUGAUCUUCAAGAGUUGGAUAGUUUUGAAGAAGAAUAGACUUUUAGAGUUCUAGUAUUGUCUUUUGAAUUAUUGGGUCUUUAAAGUUCUAGACUUUUAGUAUCUACUUUUAGUUUUUGAAUUGAAAUAUUUGCUAAUAUAU